AUGGAUCAAACUCUAUAUUUCAGACUUCUUGUCAUUGCUCUCUGCUCAUUAUCUGAAUGCAUUCAGAACCAUUAUUACUAUAUAAACAUGAAUAUGAACUGGACUGAAGCUCAGAGAUACUGCAGAGAGAAGUACACAGAUCUGGCCACAGUCAACGACAUGAACCACAUGAACGAGCUGAAGAAAAUUGUGAAUAACAAUCUGGCACACCUCUGGAUUGGACUGCGGAAUACAGGUGUUUAUAUAUGGAAGUGGUCUCUGGGUGAUCCUGUGAACUAUCUGAACUGGCUCAGUGAACCAACAAACAGCUUGUAUAAUUGUGCCGUUAUGAGGAAUGGAACAUGGCGUCAGCAGGACUGUAAUGUAAAGUCGGGAUUCAUCUGCUACAAUGGUGAUAAAGCAUACAUCAUUGAACCUUCCAGUAAAACAUGGAGAGAAGCUCAGAGUUUCUGCAGACAGAAUCAUACUGAUCUGAUCAAUAGACUCGUUCGAGUGGUCAGAUAACAGUGACUCCGCCUUCAGAUACUGGGACUCUGGUGAACCUAGUUUUCGUUAUGGCACUGUUUCUGAAGACUGUGCAGAGUUCAGAAUGGAUAAGCAGGGAACAUGGAAUGAUUCG